CGGCGGCUGUGCUUUGCAGCCUGGCGUUCCGGUGUCUCCUCCGAGCGGCCCGCGGGCUGCCUCGCCCCCUCGCCCCGCACUCAGGUGGCCGCACGCCCUUCUCCCGGCCCUCUGCAUCCCUUGCCCAGGCCUAGCGGCGCACAGCCCCUCCCCUCUGACCCCGCGGUGCACCCUGCCCGAGCAAAGUCCCGGGGGUGUGAACCCCGGCGCUCCAGCCCCUGGGCGGGGACGGCCGGCGGCCGUGCGGGGAGCCGGGGCGGAGAGCGCGCGGCCGGCCCAGUGCGCCGGUGCCGGCCCCGCGAGCGCCCCGCGAGCCGCCGCCGCAAGCCCCCCGCGCCGCUCGCCCGCCGCCGGGCCCGCCCGCCGCUCCCCUCACAGGCCGCCGCAGCCAUGGCGGAAGUUCAUAGACGUCAGCAUGCCCGGGUUAAAGGAGAAGCCCCCGCGAAAGCCUCCACACACAGACAUGAGGAGGAGCUGGGGAUGGCGUCGGCCGAAACGCUGACCGUGUUCCUGAAGCUGCUGGCCGCAGGCUUUUACGGCGUGAGCUCCUUCCUCAUCGUGGUGGUCAACAAGAGCGUGCUCACCAACUACAGAUUUCCCUCCUCACUAUGUGUUGGACUUGGCCAGAUGGUGGCUACCGUGGCACUUCUCUGGGUGGGAAAGGCGCUCAGAGUGGUCAAGUUUCCUGACCUUGACAGUAAUGUACCUCGAAAGACGUUUCCACUACCUCUACUAUAUUUUGGGAACCAAAUCACGGGACUGUUCAGCACAAAGAAACUGAACUUGCCAAUGUUUACAGUUCUGAGAAGGUUCUCCAUCCUGUUUACAAUGUUUGCUGAAGGAGUUUUACUUAAGAAGACUUUUUCUUGGAGUAUUAAGAUGACUGUAUUUGCAAUGAUUAUUGGAGCUUUUGUAGCUGCCAGCUCUGACUUGGCAUUUGAUCUAGAAGGAUAUGUUUUUAUUCUAAUAAAUGAUGUCCUGACAGCAGCAAAUGGUGCAUACGUAAAACAAAAAUUAGAUUCAAAGGAGCUGGGAAAAUAUGGUCUGCUCUAUUACAAUGCACUGUUCAUGAUCCUGCCCACACUAGCCAUUGCGUAUUUUACAGGAGAUGCACAAAAGGCAAUGGAUUUUGAAGGCUGGGCUGACACCCUCUUUCUUCUCCAGUUCACCCUCUCUUGUGUGAUGGGGUUUAUCUUGAUGUAUGCCACAGUACUCUGCACUCAGUAUAAUUCUGCUCUUACAACUACAAUAGUUGGCUGUAUUAAGAAUAUAUUAAUAACUUAUAUUGGAAUGGUUUUUGGUGGAGAUUAUAUUUUCACAUGGACAAACUUCAUUGGCUUAAAUAUCAGUAUUGCUGGGAGCCUGGUGUAUUCCUACAUCACUUUCUCUGAAGAGCAGCUGAGCAAACAGUCAGAGGCCAGUAACAAGCUGGACACGAAGGGGAAAGGAGCAGUCUGACCGGAGGAUUGCUGCAACGACGGAGGCUCCAGAUUGCGAUCAGCUCGCAACACUAGCAACUCUUACACAGAUACUGAGGAGUCUUGAUGAUGGAGAAAAUACCAUUCCUUUGCACUUAUACAAUCAGAGGAUUAAUUGCUGCCUUUUAACAUUUUAUGAGAGAAACUUAUAAUUGACUCUGUUUUAAAUAUGCUGUUUGAGUUAAUUUAUAUCAGACUGGAAAAUGCACCGGGCCUUUUAAUUUAUUUUUCUCUGUGCUGACAGUGAAACAUCAGUGUUUUGAAACUAUUUUGUUCCGUACUUCAAUAUCCAGGUGUCCCUGAGGGCUGCAUAUACAAAGUGCUCCAACGGGAGCCUCAUCCAUUCAAACUGUCGCAGCCUCUGGAGGCAGGUUCAGCUUUCCUUCCUUCUGCUGGAAAUGCAGUGGGGUAUCUGCCAUUUCUCUUCUUUGAAUUAUAUUUAAUGAUUGCAUUUUCUUCAUAAGGAUAUCAUCACUGCAUUUGGCAAAGGUGACAACUUUGGCACUAAAAUAUGUGUUGCUCCCUGGGAAGUCCUGGGAUGAGCAGAGUGCAUUCCUCGAGAACUGUCUGUUCCCUCUCGGUGGUGUGGGAUAGGGGGGAGAAGUGAUGAGGUGGGCCUUGUACUCAUUUGUCUGUCUGUCUGUCUGAUUCAUGCAUUCAACUAAAAUGUAGCGAGUGUGUAAAAUGUGCCAACCAUUGUACUAAGUGCUGGGGGUAUAGAGAUGUUUUUCGGAGGUAGUUAAAUUAUCUCACUGCUACUGUAAUGACUGAGUGUAAGACAGAACUGUCGAUCCAUUCGAAAGAUGUGACUUUGAACAAGUCACAGAACUUUUUUCAGUUCUCAGAAACUGCAAAUCCGUACGUGGGGUUAGCAGCACCUGCCCUACCCACCCCACAGCAUUAUGAAACCAGCGGCUGUGUGUGAGGUCACAUGCAUGUGGAGAGCUGCGCUUUGUGAACCAUGCAGCCCAGCCCCUCUGAGUGAGAAUGGCAGGCAGGCCAGGCGACCACCAUCGACUUCCCCAUGCUUCCCUUUUCUGGGUUUAGUUGGUCCUCUUUUUACCCCUCUUUAUAUCCAUAUGGCUGGGCCUUACAUUUCUGAAUGUAUUGGCUUGAGGGGGAAGGCUGGUUAGGUGCUUCUGUAUCGUCCAGGUUUUGUCUUUCUCCAGCAGUGUCAUGUUAGGGCCGUCACCCUUUUUUCUCAGAUGGCAUGAGCAUACCUCUCUGCUCUAGUCACUCCCACCUGCAUUCUGUGUCCUUUGGCUCACUUAACGAGGAUGCCAGCUUCUCUCAAGACCAAUGCCGCAUUCUGGUAGAGCAGCUGUGAAUAGAUAUUGUCCGGGUUACCUCUCUGGGCAGGGCAGGGUGUUAAACACAGUCCUGUGUCUUGGUUCAGACGCAUCCACUGACUUUGGGGGUGAGAAUUUGCUCAGGCCGGUUGUGCAGUGAGUAUACAAGAAGCUGGGUACCUCUGCACUGGUGCACACACUACCUUCUGGUUCAUUGGAUGUAUAAUCCACUGGAUUCCUUUGACUUAAACAGUGAGUAUUUUGGUGCCUCAACAGGGUACUGGAAGGUUUUGAUCUGUUUAUGUUUUUGAAGAAUUAUUGAGGUCAUUUUCAUAUUUAUACUUUUUCCUUAUUUUGCUUUGUCUUUAUUAAAGCCUGGCCAGUGGUGCUGGGUCCCCACAAUUAGCUUCACGACCAACUUCCAAGGUAUAAGCUCCAUGUAAGAGGUCCUAGUGCUCACUUUUUCUAAUAUCAGCUGACCUGAGGAAAUUCUGGUUGGGAAAUGGGACAUUAUCUUGUGUGGGAUGGUUCUUACAAUGAGAAAACAAGAUUCAAAGAAAGUAGGUGAUUUGCUAAUAAGUUGAAAUUUAUGUUGUUUUCAUUGAAUCAUGCUGCCAUUAAUUAAUUGCCCUUCUCAGAGGGAGUAAGGAGAUGGGGAUGCUAGCUGAGUUAGCUUGAGCUCUUUGGAGGAGGCAAGCAGGUAAUUGAAUCUGGAGUCAGAGGAAUGGACUCUGCAAAUCAGGGAGCUAUAUCUGAUGGACACCAAGAGCUCUUAUCUAACUGCCAGGCUGGCUGCAGCUGAUAGGCACUUCUGCCCGAGACUGUUGCCUGCUGCUGCCUGCAUUUGCAUGGGUACAGUGGGAAGACAUUGUGAGACCUAAUUUUAGCAGUUCUGUUCCUUAGCCAAUGAAGGAAGGAACUUGGACAUUAUAAUUUGUAUUGUAGAAUUUCUCAUCAUGGAAGGCCUUUGGAUGUGUUUAGAGGUAUUGAACUAGAACCCCACCAGGAGUUGAAUUGCCUCUUGGUGUCGGGUUCCCUUGAAGAUAUGUCAUCUCUCCAGGUUUAUCAGAGAAAAUCAUGCAUAAUUCCAGCUCCACUAAACAUACGUGCUCUCAAGGCCCGUAGCCUGUGCCGAACUUUGACCAGACGGCACACAGCAACGUACAGCUUCUGCCCUGUACAUGUUCAGAUUCCUGGCUGCCCCUUCGACGGCCGCAAUCGACUGCCAUCCACACUUCAGGGUAAGAGGAAGCAGCCUGGGGAAGUUGGAGAUUGCGUAAACUGGCCAACCAUUUUUGGAGUUUGCUUCAAUUAUGUGCAGGCUUGGUUACAGCGGUCAGUACACUAGAGAUUGACCUAGUACCGUAGCAUCACCCAGAAUGUCUGGAUUUUGCCCCAAGGUUAGUAUCUUACAAGGUCAAAAAUUGUGUAAUCUAUUAACUGCCUCCUGGGAGGAAAAUGGGUAGUAUAAAGUUACUUUGCCCUGUGAGACAGAUGAGCUGUGGUGAGAAUUCUGAAAGCCAGAGUCUUUGACUACUGGCAUCUCUCUCCUCUUCAGCUAGUUUGCUUUUAGUCAGUGCCAGACUGAUGCGAGGAACCCUGGUUGGUGAGGCUACAUGUUGUGAACAUGUCAGGUGAUUUUUCAUUACCUCAUAUGGCUGUUGACUUUGUGAGUCAGUCAUUUGUAGGAUCCAACUUGCAUGUAGGUUCAAAGUUUUCUGCAGUCCUGUUGUACCAGAAAUCCAUGGAAAGUCCAGGUCAGUAAAGCUGCUAUAUGAUCUUCAUGGGAAGAAUGGUGGAGUUUCACAUUUGACUGGUUUGGAAUAGCACCUUGGAAUUUGCUUGCCUUUACCUUUGUUAUGGCCUCAUUCAGUGAGCAAAGAUUUACUGAGCAUCUAAUUCAUGCUGGGCAUUAUGCUUAGUGUUUUGUUUUGGGUGACAACAACAUGCUCAGAGACUGAGUUUGUUU